CCUAGGAUAUCUGAGAGGCGCGAGAUGCUGGCGACGGUGGCGAGGGUCGUGGCUCUGCGGAGAACCGGGCUUCUCUUCUGCCCGGGCGGCGGGAGGGCUUUGUGGACCGGCCGCGCGCAGUCAGAUACUGACAAUAUGAAGCCACUGGAGGGUGUAAAAAUUCUGGAUCUAACAAGAGUACUGGCGGGACCUUUUGCUACUAUGAAUUUAGGAGAUCUUGGAGCAGAAGUUAUAAAAGUGGAAAGACCAGGAGCUGGUGAUGAUACACGAACUUGGGGGCCACCUUUUGUGGGGACAGAAAGUACUUAUUUUCUCAGUGUUAAUCGAAAUAAAAAAAGUAUAGCUGUUAACAUCAAGGAUCCAAAAGGGGUGAAAAUCAUCAAAGAGCUUGCAGCCGUUUGUGAUGUAUUUGUGGAAAACUACGUCCCUGGCAAACUGUCUGCUGUGGGCCUGGGAUAUGAAGAUAUAGACAAGAUUGCGCCUCACAUCGUCUACUGUUCCAUCACAGGGUAUGGUCAGACAGGUCCACUGUCUCAGCGAGCUGGUUAUGAUGCUGUUGCCUCUGCUGUUUCUGGUCUGAUGCAUAUCACAGGGCCUGAGGAUGGAGAUCCAGUUCGUCCAGGAGUGGCCAUGACUGAUCUCGCUACUGGCCUGUAUGCAUAUGGAGCCAUUAUGGCUGGACUGAUACAAAGAUAUAAAACGGGGAAAGGACUGUUCAUUGAUUGUAACCUGCUGUCAUCUCAGGUGGCAUGUUUGACCCAGGUAGCUGCUAAUUAUCUUAUUGGCCAAAAGGAAGCAAAACGUUGGGGCACAGCUCACGGCAGUAUUGUUCCUUACCAGCGUCGCCCUCGUGAUCGGUAUAAACUGCCAAAGAGACCAAACCCGGGGAUGAGACAACCACAACUACCUCCUUCCCUUAAAAGAACACCAAUCCCAUCAUCCUUUAGACAUUUGCCUCAAUCACCACCAGGACUUCAAGCCUUCCAGGUCAACUGUUAUGACCUGGGCGUUCAUUCCCAUAUGGCUCUGUGCAUCUCUUCCUUUGACCCAGUCAUUUCUUCUGUCAACAAUCUUCGUGGCUUUACAAUCCACUUAGAUGACCCCAGCGACAUCCUUAAUGAUUUUUGUUUUUACUUGGCCACCACUCAGGUAUUUCUCAGACUUUCAGAUGCAUCUGAAUCUCCAAAUAGAGAUCUUGUGAAGAUGCAUUGCCUGAUUGCAGGUGAUACUGAUGCUGCACUAUGA